GGUCGGUCAACUUCGGAAUAUUGUAUAUCAUUUUAUCACAUAUAAUAAAGCACCUCAAAUCCAGCGAUGUGGAGCCAGAUGUAAAGAAACCUUCAAACGAACCACGGUCACAGAAUGAAGCAAAAAUAUCAACUUCUGAAUUUGCCUCAAGUAUAUUCUAUAAUAUCCAAUAACCCAUGCCCGACCCUCCUUUUUUAUCCGGGCUUGAAGACGGCAG